AUGGCAUCCAGUGGCGCAAUCAACCCAAUGCCGCUCAGUGUGGCCGACGAGCCCAUCCCCGCUGGCGUCGAAAAAGAAGCUGGCCCGCCGGUGGUGCAAGAAAUAGAUCCUCUCGAUCCCGCACUCCCACAGAACUGGACAAAGACGCGCAAAUGGCUUGUAUUAAUCAUCUUGUCUUUAAUGUCCCUCAUGGUGAAUAUGUCGCUGGUCAUUUGCUCUCCAGCCAGCUCAGCAAUGGCUCAAGAGUUCAACAACUACAACGGCUUUCAGUCGGUGUUUUUCAUUACGGUGCCUAACCUAGGAGAAGUCAUUGCACCUCUCUAUAUUGGUCCGCUUUCUGAGCGCAUAGGGCGCAUGCCCGUCUGCCAUUUCUUCAAUUUCACCUUUCUGAUCUUCACCAUGAUUGCCGGCUUUAGUAAUAGCUUCGCCAUGGUGAUUGUAUUCCGGUUCCUUGCCGGUGCAUCGGUUUCUUCCAUUUGCCUGAACCCGGCCAUCACGGGCGAUCUGUUCACCAAAGAAGAGCGGGGAUCAGCCAUGUCGCUGACAAGUCUCAUCCCCAUUCUCGGGACCGCCGUGGGUCCCAUUCUGGGUGGAUAUAUCACGCAGGGCCUGAACUGGCGCUGGACGUUCUGGCUGAUGGCCAUAGUCAGCGCCUUUCUCGCAAUCAUCAUGGCUGCUGUCUUGAAAGAGUCCUACGUGCCUGUCAUUCGCCGCAAGAGACUCAGCAAGACCAGCUCAGGUCAUGAGGCCCUCGAACCUCGAAAGAAGUACCUUCAAGGAUGGAGCAUUGCGACAGUGAAAGCAGUGGUUCUCCUCGCCGUGCGUCCUUUCAUCAUCCUCAGUCAAUCACGUGUUGGCGUAUUGAUGGGUCUGUAUCUGGCUCUCCUCUUUGCCUACAUCUCCCUCCUCGCGGCGACGAUGGCUACUGUCUUCCAAGAAGCAUAUGGUUUCACGGAGAGUCAGUCGGGCCUGAUAUACAUUGCCAUGAUGCUUGGUACUCUGAGUGGUGCACUCAUGUGCCGAUUUACGCUCGACUAUUUCCUAGUUCGCGGACUGCCCUUUAAGCGAAUGGACCCUGAAGUCCCUCCGCGCCCGGAGAACCGCCUUAUCCCCAUCCUCCCGGCCAUGAUUGCCUUCCCUAUUGGCCUCUUCCUAUACGGUUGGUCACUGGAGGAGCGCUUGCAUUGGAUUGUCCCGGCCCUCGCGACCUUUCUGUGUGGAUUCUCUCUCUCAAGCAGCACCACGCCCAUCAUGAAUUACCUCGUGGACAUCUUUGGUGAUCGCUCGGCGUCCGCCGUCGCAGCCGUCCUACCACUUCGUUAUGUCGGUGGUGCCUUUCUGCCGGUGGCGGCACCGUACAUGUACGCUCGGCUGGGGUACGGCUGGGGCAAUUCCCUUUUGGGAUUUGUGUUGCUCAUCGCACUGCCGGCCCCGUUUUUGACCGUCAUUCGGCCACGGCGGGCGGAACCAUCGAUGGCAGUGGCGAGCAGCGGACUCCCUUGA